GAAACAAUACAUAAUACAUAAGCAAGCAUCAGUUUUCUUUCAGGCAUCAGGCACCAAGGCAAGGAAGGGCUCAUAUUAUUAUUCCAUAAUCACAUAGCGGAUAUCAAGCAACGCGAAGAAGAUGGUUCUUGAAAGUACUAUGAUUUGUGUGGAUAACAGUGACUAUAUGAGGAAUGGAGAUUUUCUGCCUACAAGACUUCAAGCGCAACAAGAUGCUGUGAACAUUGUCUGUCACUCCAAAACUAGAUCAAAUCCAGAAAACAAUGUAGGGCUGUUAACCCUUGCCAAAGUUGAAGUGCUGGCAACAUUGACUUCAGAUGUUGGGAGGAUUUUGUCAAAGCUUCAUCAGGUGCAGCCUGAGGGAAAUAUCAAUCUUUUGACUGGCAUCAGAAUAGCUCAUCUUGCUCUUAAACACAGACAAGGAAAAAAUCACAAAAUGCGCAUUGUAGCAUUUGUUGGAAGUCCAGUUGAUCAAGAGGAGAAAGAGUUAGUGAAGUUGGCAAAACGAUUGAAAAAGGAGAAAGUCAAUGUGGAUAUUGUCAGUUUUGGUGAAGAGAUAAUAAACACCGAUGUUCUGACCUCCUUUGUCAACACUCUGAAUGGCAAGGACGGAGGUGGAAGUCACCUGGUAACAGUACCUCCUGGUCCUCACCUUUCUGAGGCUCUCAUCUCCUCUCCAGUCAUUCAGGGAGAGGAUGGCAUGGGCGGAGCCGGCCUAGGUGGUGCUGGCUUUGAGUUUGGUGUAGACCCCAAUGAAGAUCCUGAAUUAGCAUUGGCUCUGAGAGUUUCUAUGGAGGAACAGAGGCAAAGACAAGAACAAGAGGCAAGAAAAUCCAACACAGACAGCAAGGAAGCCGCUAGACCUGAUACUAUCAAAGAAGGAGACAAUGAGGAGGCCAGUCUAGAGAGAGCUCUGGCCAUGUCUGUGGAGGGGCAGAACCAGCCGACGCCUCAACGCCAGACCCCUGACUUCAGCCAUAUGACGGAGGAGGAGCAGAUCGCCUUUGCCAUGCAAAUGUCACUACAAGAUUCUCAAGAUCCUGGUGCUGGCAAAGAAUCCGAAAAUAAAAAAGAUAAUCCUCCUGAGACUCCCAUGGAGGUGGAGGACUAUGCCGAAGUGAUGAAUGAUCCCGAGUUUCUACAGAGUGUUUUGGAAAACUUACCAGGAGUUGACCCCCAGAGUGAAGCAGUUCGUCAGGCUGUCGGUUCACUCAACAAGGAUAAGGAGGCUAAAGAGAAGGAGAAGAAAUCCAAGGAUGGUAGCAAAUAAAUAUUAUUCUGUUGAAGUACCUAUUUUUACUUUGCUUUAUAGCCUAAUUGAAUAAUUUUGUUCUAAUAGGAUAUUUAUUCUUAAAAAAUUAUGUAAUUUGAUUUUUACUUGCAAAUAUAAAUUUGGGAAUGA